AAUUAUGUGCAUAUAGUUGUUUUUUUCAUUAGGUCUCGAUCCUAACAUUCUAUAGGGUGAUGCAAAACUUUUGUCCAAAGCUGUAGAGUGUAAAGGGUCUACAACUAGGGCUGUAGAGGAAUCAGAGACUGACUCUGACCUGAGGCUCUCCUGAGCUGUGCAGAGGAUUGCUGCAUUCUAAACUGGGAGAGACAAUCUGGGGUAAAGUAACUGAUCACCUGAAAUGUCUCUUUCAGGAAAAUUACAUCCAAAACAAAAGAGAAAUACAACCAAAUAUUUAUUUAUUUUUGUUUGCUACUAUGCUGGUUUUUUUUUUCCAAGGACAGCUCUGAAUUACUGUCACUGUGCCAAAUAACUACUCUUAAAAUGUUGCGCCAUCCCUCAGUAGUUGUACACAAGUCAAAACAAUUUUGCUGCUAUGAUGCAACCACAAUGCAAUUCACAAGCUAAAAUAAGAAAGUUAAAAUUAUGUAAUCAAACAGCUUCAAAGUGACUGCCAAGACCACCAGCUUCUUGCCUGGUACAAGGAAAUAAAUUAUAUCUUAACAGAGUCACUAGAAAUAGUUUGAUCUUCAAAUGUUGUCACAGGAUAUGACAUCAGCCAGCCAUCCAUUUGUAGGUGUAUAAAAGAUAAGUGAUGCCAGUUUUUCAUCAUUUGCAGCCAAAGUAUUUUUGAAAUAUGGCAAACAUAUUAUUUUUCUUUGUGGUGCUUGCAGUGCUUGGUGUAACACCUUUGUAUGGUGAUCAGUGCCACCAUGGAUAUCAACCACCAAGCAUGACAAACCUGAGGGCCUGUGGAGGAAAGCAAUAUAACAUAAAUUAUCAGGUUUGCUGCGAAGAUGGACAAGUGUUGCCUGGAUCUCCUGACCACCAGUGCUGUGGAGACACGACCUUUGACCCCAGUAGUCACACCUGUUGCCAUGGCUAUGUUUCCCCUGGUGGAGGCCUUAGCUGUUGUGGACAGAUAGCCUACAGUAGGACCAAUGCAUCCUGUUGUGCAGGCCAGCUGUCUAUGGAAUAUAACGAAAUGGUGUCGCAAUGCUGUGGAACCACGGCCUAUCAUAACACCUAUGAUCGGUGCUGUGGAGACGAAACCUACAACUCUAUAACUCACGCAUGCUGUGGAGAAAAACAGAGCAUUAUCCUGAAGAAAAAAACAACAAACGACAAAUGCUGUGGUUCUAAAUUAUUUAAUGAAGACGUUGAAAUAUGCUCCCCUGAUAUGACUGUCAUCAAUAACCAUAAAGAAGGAGAGAGGCAGGAAAUAACCAUCCAAGAGCCACUUCCCUUAAAGGGAGAAAUUAGUUAUGAUACCAGAAUGCACCAUUGCUGCAGUGGGCAACUCUGCGCAAAGACCCAAGACUGCUGUGGAAACAAAUGCGUGGACAAGAAGACGCACAUCUGUUGCAGUGAUCGAGUUUAUCCGCGAAUAGGGGGGACCGCAAUGCAAUGCUGCGGCGAUCGCAUCUACAAUUCCUCUGAACUGUCUUGUUGUGGGAGCAAGGUGGUGAGAGGGAAAAGCUGCAAUGUUAAAAAAAAUCUAGUGCCAUGUGGAUGGGACACUUACUUUGACCCUCAAAUUGAGAGAUGCUGUAUUAACAAGACAUCUAACAAAGGAGUUGUCUAUCACUCGGACCAGACAUGCUGUGAGGGAAUAGUUUCCUCUACCCCAGGUACCGGAUUGAAUGGUGGGCAGUGCUGCAACUCAAAUGGCUACAACCCCAAACUGAACAUGUGCUGUUUAGGAAUGCUCCAUGAAUUAAAAGCAUGGGUACACCAAGAGUGCUGUGGUGAUUCUGCCUAUGAUGUAAAGACAAGCGUGUGCUGCAACGACACUCUGCAUCGAGUGACAGACAGAGAGACUGUUUGCAGUGGAAAUACCCCCUUCAGUCCCGCAAAGGAGACAGUUUGUGGCACAGUUGCACAUGAGAGCGGUCAACAUUGCUGCGGGAAUCACGUUUUCAAUCCUUUGACUGAAAUUUGCUGCAAGGGAAAAAGCCACCCCAGGACUAACACAAUGCUGCUGUGCUGUGGGUCGCACCCAUACGACCCAGCGAACGCCACCUUCAAGUGCUGCAGUGGGGCACUACAUACCCUGUCACAUCCUCACCGAUCGCAGAGCUGCUGUGGCCAGCUUCUCAUUGACUUGCAGACUCAUGAAUGCUGCUCAUCCAAAGAUCACAGUCUGGUCUUCAAGAAGCGUUCAGCCUUCUCCUGCUGUGGUCAUCACUACUACGAGACCUCCCAGGACUCCUGCUGCGCUGGGCGUCUCCUUGAGAAACGUGAACAAGCACAGAGCACAGGAAGAGCCUGCAGACUGGUUCAUCUUGCAGACAUUGAAGACUCAACAGUGUGCAGAAAGAGAGUUCUCCUGGGGACAAUGCACAGCGUGGCUUUUCAGAAUUCUCGACGAGUCUAUGUGAUGAUCGACAUCCUGGAAGUGAUGAAAAACAAGAGCGCUGUCCCCCUGUCUCGUCCUACAAUCAUCACAGUGGACCAUUGCUCCUGCCCUCUGCUGAACCUCGGAGCAAAAUACGCCCUGUACAUCCCACACCACGUGAAAACAGACUCUGUGACACUGGACAAUGACGUAGAAAUAGCUGAACUCAGCCACCUUGAGUCCUGUCCUGUAUACACCGUCCUGCAUGUCAUGAACAAGUGUAAAUAAUCGACACAGCAACUUGGAUAAGAACAAAGGAGGCUUUAUUGUUAUGUAAUCCUUAACUUUUAAGAUACCAGUAACUGGAAAGGAUUCAUAGCUGCAGUACACUUUAACGGUAGGCAUUUGCUAACUAGCAGUUUCAAAAUGUAUCUCUGGUUCACACAGUGGAAUGAUCACAGUAUCAUCUAGUAAUUGUACAACAGUAUUGCCACAUGUGAAAACUUUAACAAUACAGAAACAAAAAUGCUUUAAAUUUCAAACUAGUUAAUACGCUAGCAAGCACUGGCAAAAUCAAAUCAUUGUUAUACAGUAUUUUUUUUAACAUUUAUUUUAACAUGUUGUUUAGGGAUGUUGUAGUACCUGCCUGGUGGGUGUCUUAGUAGUAGCAUCUACAACGAAUAGACAGUAACGAUCCAAAGCAAAUUUGCUUUCGUUACAGACAUUCUAAAAAGUUUGGAAUAAACUAUUUUGGUUGUUACAGUACUUAAUUAACCCCUUGUAAAAAAAACCCACAAAAUUGCUUAACAUAAAAAAGACCAGUCGUACAGGUACCACAGUAGCAGGCACAGAUAACAUUGCUUACGAGUUCCUGAUCGCAUCAUAAAUUCCAGAUUUCCUAAAUCCGCUGAUGUAAAUGUCCGGUCUGCUUUUAAUUUUUUCAAGCACAUUGGCUUCAUCACUCACUGCCAUUCUCAUAUUCUCAUAUUCACUCUGACAGCCGGCACAUUCUUUCCCUUGUCCAAUGCUUCUUUAACCUCUGCUGCAUGCCAGUCUGUCAGAGGCCAGGAUCACUCACUGUAUGCCACACUCUGAUUGGUGGAAGAAUUAUUGCCUAUCCAAUCAAAACUGUCAAUAAAGCCAAAGUAAAUUCCACGCCAAAAUUGAAUUCUAUCCAACCUGCAUGAAAAACUAGGUGUGAGAAUUUCAAUUUUCCGGCAGUAUUGGUGAUAUAGAAACAACAGGCACUCGUUUAAAAUUAUUUAGGCAUCAUAAACAACUUCUACAAUGUUUAAUGCAGGUUACCAUUUGUGGCGAUGUGUUCCCUUUCUCUUACUAUUUUAAAUGAAUUGCUUGUGUAGCUUAUUAACAUCAGUAGACAAUCACUAAUUAUUAGCAUCAUUAGACAAUCACUAAUUUGCCUAUUUUGACAAUUUUCCAAUAUGUUAAAUUAGUGAUUUUAUUUAAUUUGCACAACAAAUCAAAACAAC